CACAGGGUCCUGCUGGGAUGCCAGGAGAGAGGGGACGCGUUGGGCCCGGCGGUAUCGCGGGCAAACGUGGGCCACCUGGUAAUGUUGGAAAACCUGGUCCGAUGGGUCCUCUAGGUCUCAGCGGCCCCUCCGGAUAUCCAGGGGGCCCAGGAAUGAAGGGUCAACCUGGUCCAACAGGAGUCCGUGGUCCUGAAGGCCCUCAGGGACAGAGAGGAGAAACAGGUCACCUGGGCAGACCUGGACCAGUCGGCAUCAGG